AUGUCUGAAAUACUCAAAGCCAAUCACAGAAAAGUAUAUGGUAAUGUCAGUAAUAGCAGCAGCAGUAGCAGCAUCAGCAUGAGUCCAAGUGGUAGUGCUACUAACAAAAGAAGUACAAGAAGUGCUGGUGACAACAGGUCAAAGCUUUCUCAUGAUAUGGUUGCAGGGGCCGCGUCCUUUGAAGCCACCAGAUUAUUUGAAGAUAGACAUCGAAGAAACGGGAAACCAGUUAGUCAUGCUUUCGCCAGAAAAACUCUUAUUGCACUUGCCGCAUCCGAAGUGGAUAAAUUGUUUGAAGUGAAAGAAUUAACCCAUUUGGAUAAGGAUCAAAUAAAAAGCGAGGCAAUCAAGGCCAUUGAGAAAGAAUACGAGACCCAUUAUGGUGGUCAGAGGCAUUGGUCGCCAAACUUCAAACCAAUAAGUUGGUAA